AGUAUGAAAUUUGGAUGGAGAAUAAUAGUAGGAAGCAUAGUUGGAUUCCUAGGAUCAGCAUUUGGGAAUAUUGGAGGUAUUGGUGGGGGUGGCAUCUUUGUGCCCAUGCUUACCCUCAUUAUUGGAUUUGAUACAAAAUCUGCAAUAGCAAUAUCAAAAUUUAUGAUAACUGGUGGAGCAACAGCAACAGUUUUCUACAAUUUGAGGCAAAGACACCCCACACUUGAUUUGCCCGUGAUUGAUUAUGACUUAGCACUUCUCUUCCAACCAAUGUUGAUGCUUGGAAUCAGCAUUGGAGUUGACUUCAAUGUCAUUUUUCCUGAGUGGAUGCUAACAGUUUUGCUAAUAAUACUUUUCGUUGGCCUUUCAAUCAAAUCCUUCCUUAAGGGUGUUGAGACAUGGAAGCAAGAAACCAUUAUGAAGAAGGAAGCCAGGAAGAAUUCAAGGAUUGAUGAUAUUGCAACUGCUAAAGAUGCUGCACAUUAUAUUCAAACAGAAGACCCUGUCAAAGAAGAUACUAAGGAACUAAAGAAAAAAGUUUCGAUGGUUGACAACAUUCGUUGGAAGGACCUUGGACAUCUUUUCGCUGUCUGGAUCAUGAUACUUGCGUUAGAGAUUGGAAAAAAUUACACAAAAACUUGCUCUGGAGCAUAUUGGGCAGUAAAUCUACUCCAGAUCCCAAUAGCUGUAGGAAUGAGUUCAUACCAGGCAAUGAGACUAUAUAAAGGGAAGAGAAGCAUAGCGUCAAAGGGAGAUAAACAACCACGUUGGAGAGUGUGGCAGUUAAUUCUAUUCUGUUGUUGUGGCACACUAGCUGGCACACUUGCCGGUUUGUUAGGCCUUGGUGGAGGAUUCAUCUUGGCACCCCUUUUCCUUGGAAUUGGAAUCCCUCCUCAGGUGGCAAGUGCUACGUCCAUUUUGGCAAUGGCAUUUUCUGCAUCUAUGGCUGUGGUGGAAUAUUACCUUCUCAAACGUUUCCCCAUUCAUUAUGCACUGUGCUUGGUAGGUGUAGCGACUGCAGCGUCACUUGUUGGACAGUAUUUGGUGAGAAAGGUGGUGGCCAUAUUGGGGAGAGCAUCUGUGAUAAUAUUCAUCCUAACUUUCACACUGUGUGUGAGUGCAGUUUUACUAGGUGGAGUAGGAGUUGUACACAUGAUCCAAAAGAUUGAACGCAAAGAGCACAUGGGAUUUGGAAACCUUUGCAUGUACACGGCUAAAAGUUAA